AUGUCGGACGAGGAGAUUCUGCUGGGUGAAAUCCCGCCGAUCUCUUCUACUCCUUGCGCCGCCGACAUCAUCGAGUGUCAGGUUCGCAUCGACCCCAGCACGGCGAACCUUUUCUCAAUCUACCGAUAUGCAAACGCGCCACUGAUCUGCGCAUUGCUGGUAUCAACAAGCUGCGCAGUGGUCGCUGGGGCUGCAAUGCCCUUGGUCACGAUCGUGUUCGGAGCUUUGGCAAGUGAGUUCAUCAAUGGGGACGAGAAAACACCACAGGAUGUUCGCGAUCGGGUUCAGCGGCUCACCUUGCUGCUGGUGUACAUCGCGAUUGGGUCAUUUGUCUCUACUAUGAUCAGCACUUGGGGGCUCAACGUAGUCGGAGAACAAAUUACACGUCGCCUCCAACGAAAGUACUUCUCGUCAGUGCUGCAGCAGAACAUGGCGUACUUCGAUGUCGUCGGCACAGGAGAGCUCACGUCCCGCAUCGACCAGGACAUGAAGUUGAUCCAAACGGGUAUCUCGCAGAAGAUGGGCAACGUUAUCUCCGGAGUAUCCGGCUUUCUUGUUGCCAUUAUCUGCGCCUUUAUCCAGAACCGACGCUUCGCAUCGAUAAUGAUAUCGCAGCCGAUUGCCAUGAUCCUCUUGGUAGGACUAAUGGGGUCUUGGCUAAGCGCGACACAGCAAAGGGGCUUGUCGCAUUCCGUUAAACUUGACAAUCUAGCCCAAGAAGUUCUCAGUGCUAUGCGGAGCGUUAUCGCGUACCGAAGCCAAGAACGAUAUGCGAGAAAGUAUCACGAUACGUUGCUGCAGCCGGCUGCCCUGGAUUUUCGGGAGCGGUUGAUCUUUGGCGUGAUCGUUGCAGGCUCCUUUACGAUCUUGCAUUGGGCUAAUGGAUUGGGUUUUUGGCAGGCUGAUCGCCUCUUCCGCCAGGGACUUUGUACAGUUUCAGAGGCCUUGUCCAUCCUUUACGCAACAGUCGUCGCAGGCGGCAUGCUGUGUCAAGCGUUGCCGUAUGUCGUCGACGUUACCCGGGCCAGCAAAGCAGCCAGCCGAGUCAUUUCGGUAAUUGAGCGUGUUUCGCCGAUCAAUCCCAUGGCGGUUGCAGGACGCAUAUACGGUCCUGUUCGGGGAGAGAUCUGGUUCGACAAUGUAGAGUUUGCUUAUCCUUCGCAACCGGAACGAACUGUUCUCAGAGAGAUUAGCUUCACUGUACCUGCCGGACAAACUGUCGCCGUGGUGGGGCCAUCGGGAUCUGGUAAGUCGACGGUCUUUGCUCUUUUGGCACGUUUAUACAAUCCCACCGGCGGGGAGAUUAUGCUAGAUAAUGAGCCGGUUGAUGCCCUGAAUGUCUCGUGGCUCAGGUCUCAGAUUGGGUAUGUCAGCCAGGAUGUCACCUUGUUCCGUGCAUCGAUUCUUGAGAAUAUUGCUCAUGGGCUGCCCAAGACGACUAUAGAGGUAUAUCUGCCAGGAUCCAUUGAUUUUUACCAAGUCAGUUCGCUCAUACAGGAACAGGCACUGAACCCAUCUGCAGUUCGAGAACUAGUAGUUCAGGCUGCCAAGACCGCGCAUAUCCACUCUUUUAUCACCAGUCUCCCCAACGGCUACGAUACCAUCAUAGGGGUUAAUGGGUCAGGUCUCUCUGGUGGACAGAGGCAACGGCUCGCAAUUGCCCGCGCCAUUGUAUCUCAGCCAUCCAUCCUCCUCCUGGAUGAGGCUACUGCUGCCUUGGAUAGUCAAAGCGAAAAGGAUAUCCAGGAGGCUUUGAACAGCGCUGCCUAUGGGCGAACGACCAUGAUAAUAGCUCACCGGCUAUCGACAAUCCAAGAUGCCGAUAUGAUAAUUGUCAUGAAAGACGGCCAGAUCUUGAAUCAAGGUAAGCAUUGGGAGUUAAUGAGCACAUCUGAGAUGUACCGAGAAUUGGUGGAUCACCAGGCACUCCGACAGAGCGACGAAGUUCGAGAAUCGCUAUCCUCUACAGAUUGUCUAAAAACUAGGUCCAGUGAAAUAUCUGUCAAAGAUGACACUCCGAAGAAGACUGAGGAUGGUCCAUGGUCAAUCUCAUCACCGAAAAGUAGCAUCGGCCAGGUUUGGCACUUGAAUAAGCCUGAGCUGCCUUACGUUGUUGCGGGUAUUAUUUUCAGUGCAUUGGCUGGAAUGACAUAUCCCAUUCAAGCUAUCUUCUUCGGUAACGGGGUCAUAUCAAUCAUUAGCCCUGGUGCAAGUACCGGAGGGCACGAUGUUUAUUUCUGGGCUCGAUUAUACCUUAUUCAUGGUAUUGUUGUGUUUCUAUUGUACUGUGUACGAGGUUAUUGCUUCGCGGUGUCUGCAUCUCAGUUGCACCUCCGAGCGCGGUCGCACUUGUUCAAGGCGCUGCUGCUGAAGAACCUUGUCUUUUUCGAGGAUAAAGGUCAUUCAACUGGAAACAUGGUGAGCUUCCUCUCGUCAUGCACUCCGAAGAUCACCGGUGUGUCAGGAACGUCACUCGGACUGGUAGCGGAGAGCAUCGUAAUGCUUGCGACGGGGAUCAUAGUUGGAUGUAUCUUUGGAUGGAAGCUCGGCGUCGCAGCAAUGGCCACAGUCCCAUUGAUAGCCAUGUCCAGCUUCCUGCAAUACUAUAUCGAGGCACAAGUGCAGAAGCACGUGAAGCGCGACACUGACUCCGUGGCCAUUGCGCAUGAAGCCUUCUCCGCUAUCAAAACAGUGACCAUACUCGGCCUGCAGACCAGCGUUCUCGAAUCGUUCCAAAAAGCAAGUCGCCGAGACAGGCAACAUGGGUACUGGGUCAUAUCUGCUGGUCUGCAUGGGUGCACCACAUCACUUCGGAUACUGAGUAUUGCUUUCGUAUUCUGGUAUGGCGGCACGCGUCUCAUCGCGUCGGGGGAAUACACCAUUCAACAAUUUUUCAUAUGUUUCGCGGCCACGGUUUGGGGGUCCCAGUCUGCCGCUACUCUCUUUGCUCACGCGCCAGACAUUGCAGGUGCUCAUGCUGCUGCUGCUCGACUGACGGAAUUGAUGCGACCCGAUGGUCCCCCCCCAGCAAUACUCCCACACAAGGACCCAAAGCAGGGCUACGGCUCUGCCCUUGUGCCGAAUACCACGGAGAAUUUGGCGCUACAGCACAUUAACUUCAGAUAUCCUACCCGACAAUCUCAACUAACACUGGACGACGUCACAUUCAGUGCCCCAACUGGGAGCUUUAUCGCUCUUGUCGGAGCCACCGGAAGUGGCAAAAGCUCUGUGAUUAGUCUGAUAGAGCGGCUCUACGCUGCUGAGUCCGGUCAGAUAACAUUAAAUCAAGUUCCCAUUGAACACUAUGAUCUCAACAACUACAGAGGGUACUUGGCGCUGGUCGACCAGAAUCCAUGUCUGGUUGGUGAGGAUCUGCGCGAGUGUUUGCAGAGUGACGAGCGAGUCGUUUCAGAUGAGGACAUCAUGGUUGCUCUGAAGAGUGUGGGACUAGCUGAUUUCGUGCUAUCUCUCCCUGAAGGAUUGAGCAGCCCAGUUAUGGCCAACGGAUCGACUCUGUCCGGAGGCCAACGCCAGCGCAUAGCCAUCGCCAAGGCCCUUCUAUGGGACCCGAAGAUUUUCUUACUUGACGAGGCAACCUCGGCGCUAGAUAGCGCCUCAGAGGCACUAGUGCAGCAAGCACUGCAGCGGGCAAUGAAAGGCCGGACGGUCAUCUCAAUUGCCCAUCGACUCAAGACGAUUGUUGACGCUGAUGAAAUUUUGGUCUUGGAUCAUGGAUGCAUUAUUGAGAGAGGCCGUCAUGAGGAAUUGAUGAAACUCGGAGGGAAAUAUUGGCAGAUGGCUAAGUUGCAGCAGUUGAAUGGGGAUGUUGGGGGGUAG